GGUAAAGCUGCUCCGAGCGCUCGGAUAACUACCACCGUAUUUUGCGUUCCAGAUUAUUCGUUGUUAGUCACUGGUGGGAUACUUACCAAGCUAAUAAUUAUUUACGUGAUUCACGCAAUUUAUUUUCUACUUAUAUCAAGUAAUUCUUCAACAAACAAAAAAUGCAGAUCUUCGUGAAAACUCUGACGGGAAAAACCAUAACUUUGGAGGUGGAAGCAUCAGACACCAUCGAAAAUGUAAAAGCCAAGAUUCAAGACAAAGAGGGAAUUCCUCCCGACCAGCAGCGUCUUAUCUUCGCUGGUAAACAACUCGAGGAUGGACGUACUCUUUCUGAUUACAACAUCCAGAAAGAAUCAACCCUUCACUUGGUAUUGCGUCUUCGUGGUGGUAUGCAGAUCUUCGUCAAGACAUUGACCGGUAAAACCAUCACCCUGGAAGUCGAAGCUUCAGACACCAUUGAGAACGUCAAGGCCAAGAUCCAAGACAAAGAGGGAAUCCCUCCAGACCAGCAGCGUCUUAUCUUCGCUGGUAAACAACUCGAGGACGGAAGAACCUUGUCCGAUUACAACAUUCAGAAAGAGUCCACUCUCCAUUUAGUAUUGCGUCUUCGUGGAGGUAUGCAAAUUUUCGUAAAAACUUUAACCGGAAAAACGAUAACUUUGGAAGUCGAGGCUUCCGACACUAUUGAAAAUGUGAAAGCCAAGAUCCAAGACAAGGAAGGUAUCCCACCAGACCAACAACGUCUCAUCUUCGCUGGUAAACAACUAGAAGAUGGACGUACCCUCUCUGAUUACAACAUCCAAAAGGAGUCAACUCUUCAUUUGGUCCUUCGUCUCCGUGGUGGCAUGCAAAUUUUCGUCAAAACUUUGACGGGAAAAACCAUCACCCUGGAAGUCGAAGCUUCCGACACCAUCGAGAACGUCAAGGCCAAGAUUCAAGAUAAAGAAGGUAUUCCACCAGACCAACAACGUCUUAUCUUCGCUGGUAAACAACUCGAGGAUGGAAGAACUCUCUCCGACUACAACAUCCAGAAAGAGUCAACACUUCACUUGGUGUUGCGUCUUCGUGGAGGUAUGCAGAUCUUCGUCAAAACACUGACCGGCAAGACCAUCACCCUCGAAGUUGAAGCUUCUGACACCAUCGAGAACGUCAAGGCCAAGAUCCAGGACAAAGAAGGAAUCCCACCAGACCAGCAGCGACUUAUCUUCGCUGGUAAGCAGCUUGAGGAUGGUAGAACUCUUUCUGACUACAACAUCCAGAAAGAAUCCACUCUUCACUUGGUGUUACGUCUUCGUGGAGGUAUGCAGAUCUUCGUCAAAACACUGACCGGCAAGACCAUCACCCUCGAAGUUGAAGCUUCUGACACCAUCGAGAACGUCAAGGCCAAGAUCCAGGACAAAGAAGGAAUCCCACCAGACCAGCAGCGACUUAUCUUCGCUGGUAAGCAGCUUGAGGAUGGUAGAACUCUUUCUGACUACAACAUCCAAAAAGAAUCCACUCUUCACUUGGUAUUGCGUCUUCGUGGUGGUAUGCAGAUCUUCGUAAAGACUCUGACUGGUAAAACCAUCACCCUCGAAGUUGAAGCUUCAGAUACCAUCGAGAAUGUCAAGGCUAAGAUCCAGGACAAAGAGGGAAUCCCUCCGGACCAACAGCGUCUUAUCUUCGCGGGUAAGCAGCUCGAGGAUGGAAGAACUCUCUCCGACUAUAACAUCCAGAAGGAGUCCACCCUUCACUUGGUAUUGCGUCUCCGUGGUGGUCAAUAAUCAUUCAUCGUUUACCAGUAGAUAAAAUAGUCAUACUAGAAUACAUUCUUUUAUUAAUUAUAAAAUUUAUUAUUCAUUCCAAGUUUGAUUUAAUUGAACUUUUUUUUACUGCAGUCUCGUGGGUAGAUUUAUUGUAACCUACUGGUACAAUUAGUAAAUAAUCUCGGCGUUAUAAUUCUGGAAUUUAUUUUGGCUUUUAAUAAAUAAAAAAAAUAAUAAUA